CCAAACGGUCCACCAACUCGUGGCGCCAGAGAUUACUUCAUCUUUGCCGAAGACUCUGGAUUUUAAUACUUGUAAUUUGAAGACUUCGCUGGUGAAGAUUGAAAACAGUGUCUGCGUUUUUGCAUUCACAUCUUCUGCAUACUCUCUCAUAUUUUCUUAGAUUGACCAUCAUGGCAGAAUCAUUCAUCUUCAGCAUCGCUGAAUCACUCAUAACUAAGCUUGCUUCUCGUGCAUACCAAGAAGCUUCUCGAGUGGUUGGUGUCUACGAUGACCUCCAAGACUUGAAAACCAGUCUCUCUUAUGUCAAAGCUGUGUUGUUGGAUGCUGAGCAGAAGCAGGAGCAGAACCAUGAGCUGCGGGAGUGGCUGAAGCAGAUCAAGCUCAUCUUCUAUGAUGCUGAGAACUUGCUUGACGAAGUUGACUGCGAAUCACUGCGCAAGCAACUGCGAAUCACUCACAAGCACAAGGUAGGUGGCUUCUUCUCGAGUUCUAAUCCACUUUUGUUUCGCUAUAAGAUUGCUCAACGGAUCAAGGAGAUUAGGAAGAGAUUAGACAGAGUCGCGGCCGACAGGGAUAAGUUUGGCCUUCAAACAAUUGUCGUUGAUAAGCGAAUUGUGUAUAGGAGGGAAAUGACUUACUCCCAUGUUGUUGAGUCUGAUGUCAUAGGAAGGGAUCAUGAUAAAGGGAAGAUUGUAAAGCUCUUGAUGGAACCGAGUCUUGACAAUAAUGGUGGCUCUAAACAUAUCUCUGUGAUUCCCAUUGUGGGAAUUGGAGGUUUGGGAAAGACCACUCUUGCUAAGCUUGUCUUCAAUGAUGAAAGAAUAACUGAUACCUUUUCAUUGAAAAUGUGGGUGUGUGUGUCUGAUGAAUUUGAUAUUAAGCAAUUGAUUAUUAAAAUCAUCAAUGCUGCUAUUGUUAGCGGUACUACUUCUGCUGAUGCUCUCGUGUACCAACAAACCUUGAGAGACAUGGACAUCGAACAAUUGCAAUAUCUUCUAAGAAAUAAGCUAACUGGUCAAAAGUUCUUGCUUGUCUUGGAUGAUGUAUGGAGUGAAGAUCGUGCCAAAUGGAUUCAACUGAGAGAUCUCAUCAAAGCCGGUGGUGCUGAAGGAAGCAAAAUUGUAGUGACAACACGAAGUCGUUCUGUUGCUUCUAUAAUGGGUACUGUUCCUUUUCAUGACUUACAAGGUCUUUCUUCGGAAGGAUCUUUUUCUUUGUUUGUUAAAUGGGCUUUUACAGAAGGAGAAGAGGAAAAGUACCCUACCUUAGUAAUGAUUGGAAAAGAAAUUGUGAGAAAGUGUAAAGGAGUUCCUUUAGCAAUAAGAACAUUGGCAAGUUUGCUAUUUUCAAAAUAUGAGAUAAAUGAUUGGGAAUCAGUGAGAGAUGAUGAGAUUUGGAAUUUACCACAAAAAAAGGAUGACAUCUUACCUGCACUAAAAUUAAGCUACGAUCACAUGCCAUCCUAUUUGAGGAAAUGUUUUGCUAUGUUCUCACUUUUUCCAAAAGAUUUUGAAUUUCAGAGUCAUGACGUUCAUUCACUUUGGCGUGCAGCAGGUUUGCUUCCACCACCAAGCAAAAAUGAAACUUCACUGGAUGUUGCAAACCGAUAUUUGAGUGAAUUAAUGUCAAGGUCUUUUCUUGAAAAUGUUUCUGACGUAAGCACAUACUAUUACUUUUUUAUACAUGAUUUAGUGCAUGAUCUUGCCCAAUAUGUUGCAAGCGAUGACUACCAACUGAUCAGUUCUGAAAAUCCAAAUAUACCAGAAAAUGUUCUCCAUCUAUCUUUUACAGAACUUGAUUUGUUUAGCCAAUCUUUCGAUAUAAACUUAUCAGGUGUGAGAACUAUACUAUUUCCUUUUGGAAUAGAGAAAGCUGGCAACGAAUAUUUGUUCACAAAAUGGGUGUCAACUUGCAAAUACUUGCGAUACUUGGAUCUGCAUGAUUCCACAUUUGAGACUCUACCUGGAUCAAUCAGCAAGUUGAAACAUUUAAGAUUUCUUUCACUCAUAAAAAACAGAAGAAUAAGGAAACUCCCUGCUUCUAUUUGCACGCUCCAAAAUUUGGAAGAGUUGCAUCUUCGUGGGUGUGUGGAGCUUGAAACUUUGCCAGAAAAAUUAAGAAAUUUGAUCAAUCUGCAAAGAAUAUCGAUAACCUCAAAGCAAUCUGUCUUGCCAGAGGGUGAUAUUGCAAAGUUGGGUUCGCUUAAAUAUUUAGAUAUUUAUGCUUGUGACAACCUGGAAUCCCCAUUUGUGGAGGUAAAGUUGUCUGCCCUUCGAGUUUUGCGGAUUAUGAGGUGUAAGAAUUUGAAGUCUUUGCCACUUGACACGCACCAUUUUCCUCAACUAGAGAAAUUCACUCUCCAUGCAUGUGGUAAUUUUGAACUGUCAGAUGGAGAUCAGGACAUGAAUUCUGUCUUGAGGUUAAAGACAAUUUACUUUAGCAUGGUGAUGAACUUCCCUUAUUCUCUCCAGGGAUAUUCAAGCACAUUACAAACUUUGGUGUUUGCAAGGUGCUACGAGCUGGAGGCGCUUCCUGAAUGGCUGCUAAAUAUGACUUCUUUGAAAUAUCUUCAUAUCUGGAGUUGUCCAAGGUUGAUAUCUCUCCCCAAUGGCAUCCACCGUUUUAUAGCCCUUGAAGUUUUGCGAAUCCACGAUUGCCCUGAACUGUACAGGAAGUAUCAACCACAUGUUGGAGAGUAUUGGCACCAAAUAUCCCACAUCAAGCAUACUGACAUUAGGAAGACAUGGAGGAGUCGUGAAGAGGAUUUCUGUGACAACCAAGACAUGGAGAGUAUUGGCACCAAAUUGUCCAAGUGUUUUUUUAUUUUUCUUCUUCCAUGAUGUCUAAUUGAUGUUCUUGUUUCCUUUUGGACCAUGUAUUUGAUGAUUGUUUCUGUUUUUGGUUGUUACUCUUUGUAAUAAUUGAGCAACUUUCUCUGUCAUAUAUUGUAAUUUAAUAAAUCUGAUUUAAAGGUUUGUCUUGGUUAAAA